AUCAGCUUCAGCUUAUGCCAGGGAAACAUGGAUUAUUACUUGGUUGUGUUUGCUUUCUUGUCGUCGUUUAUGACAACUUUAAAAGCAUACAACGAACCCGAACAAAUUCAUCUUGCUUUUACUGGAGCACCAAAUGAGAGAAUUGUGAAUUAUGUAACAAAACGAGAGGACUCUAUGAACCCAAGAAACUCAACAUCGAUUGUAGCGACACUGGUACAAUACGGUAAAGAUCCUAAAAACUUGGACCAUUCAGUUGAAGGCCAUGCAUACUGGUAUGAUCUGCCUGAUUCCAAAGAGGGUAGGAGUAUUGCAAUUCAUAAUGUGAAGUUGACCGGGCUUGAACCAAAUUCAACGUACUAUUAUCGUGUUGGUGAUCCUGACAAUAGCAUGAGCGAUGUUUACUCCUUUUUGACUGUUGAGGAACAGAUGACAUUUGCAGUAUAUGGUGACAUGGGUUAUAAGAAUGCUGUUAGUCUACCCCUGUUAAAAGAAGAAGUUCAAGAAGGAAAAUACCAAGCUGUACUCCAUGUUGGAGAUUUGGCAUACGACUUCUAUGAAUACGAUGGAAACAACGGYGAUGACUUUAUGAAUUCUAUCCAACCAGUGGCAGCACGAGUUCCUUACAUGGCCUUACCAGGAAAUCACGAGCACCGUUAUAACUUCAGUCAUUACCAAAAUCGCUUUUCUAACAUGGAAUAUGGCGUUGGACAAUCAAGUGGGAGCGAUACGAGUUUAUGGUAUAGCUUUGAUAUCGGUCUCAUCCACUUUGUCGCAUUUGAUACAGAGGUAUUCGAUUACUACCCUGAUGACGGUCAAAUUCAAAGGCAGUUUAACUGGUUGGAACAGGACCUUGCCAAGGCAAAUGCAAAUAGAGACAAAGUUCCAUGGAUUAUAUCACUAGCACACAAGAGUGACUUCAUGGAAAGAACAAAUUUCACAUUAAUUUCCCCACUGCUUCACAAGUACGGGGUUGACAUCCAUUUCUGUGGUCACUCGCACAACUAUCAAAGGCAUUUCCCGUAUUACGAAGGUGACGUUGACCAACCUAAGAAUCCAAAUGUAUAUGAAAAUCCCAGAUACAUGRCUGUGGUUGUUGCUGGUUCUGCAGGCUCUAAAGAACACAUUUCUGAAGGAUUGGGACCUAAAGAGCAUUUAGCAUUUCAUGUGUUUGAUUAUGGGUAUGGUCAUCUACAGGCAGUUAAUAAAACCCAUUUAAACUGGGUUUGGGAGAAUGCCGCGGUUAAUCUGAAUGAAAAAGUACAGGAUCAUUUAUUGAUUAUUCAAGAAAACCAUGGCAUGAGGAUGUCUGCUUAAUCGGCGGCACAGUUGAUGAUCCAMUGCUGCAUGAAUUAUAAUCAUUUUAUUGAGUAGAGUGAAACUAAUAACAAAAGUCCAUUAAAAUGGAUCAUUUUUAUUAAAAUAAAAUAAAACUUAAACUCAAAA